UGCUGAAUAUAACUAAGCUCAUUCUUUGCCAAACCUCUUCUGGCGACGGACAAUUUAUUUGAUUCCAAUGUCGGUUACAGAACCGGAAGAAGUAAGAAUUCCCACGGCCUGGGGUCACGUGUCUGCGAAAUGUUGGGGAAAUCCGAGAAAUUUCCCUAUACUAGGAAUUCACGGCUGGAUGGAUAACGCAGGGACGUUCGACCGUCUCGUUCCCCUGUUGUCGAGAAGGUUUUACUUCGUAGCCAUAGAAAUACCGGGUCACGGCCGCUCUUCCAACCUCCCACCUGGCAUCCCUUAUCAUUUCGGGGAUGGAAUAAUCACCUUGAGAAAAAUUGUGACGCAAUAUUUCAAAUGGGGGAGAUUUUCCAUCCUUGGGCAUAGCAUGGGGGGUGGGUGGGGCUCCCUGUUUGCCUCACUGUACCCCGACCAAAUUGAUAAGCUGGUAAUGCUGGAUGUCAUAAAACCCUUCAGCAAUGAGGAAGGAAUCACACCCAGGAAUAUGAUGCAGUCGAUUGAAUAUUUGAUUUCCUUGGAGGAAAAGCAGAAGCAGAAAUGCAGUCGGACUUAUUCAUACGAGGAAGCCGUGCAGCAAUUAAUUUCCGCUACGGAUGGGAGUUUAUCCGUGACCGCGGCAAAAUCCCUGAUGCCACGGGGGACAAUUAAAGUUGGCGAAAACAAGGUAUCCUUCCGCGCCGAUGCACGACUGCAGGUUACACCAUUAUACCAAUUCAGCCAUGCCGUCGCACUAAAUAUUUUGAAAGGGAUGCGCUGCCAUUUGCUGAUUAUUCGGGCGAAAGAUGCUCCACCGUAUGAGGUGAGCAAGGAAGAAUUCAGAGCAAUGAUGGAUAAUUAUAGGGAGAGGUGUGCAUCUUUUGAAUAUGUGGAGGUGGAGGGGAAUCAUUACGUUCAUCUAAAUGAACCUCAUUCAGUUGCGGGAUUAAUAAAUAAGUUUCUACUGGCAGAAAAUGAAAAAUAAUGUGGGUAGGUGUCUACAUCUAAUUUAGUUGGAAUAAAGUUUUAAUGGAUUUUGUAUAAGGAUGAAUUGUUUUCGUUCAAUAAUUGAUAUAUCAAACUGAAUAAAAGUACAGUUUUCGUACUGAAGUUAAACUUA